GGCAAAAUGCCAAGGGAGCUACUAUAAAAGCGUAAUAUUCGGCUGUUAGAAGUCAGAUUUGUUUUGUCAUCUAUCAACAGACACACACCCUCCUUUUCUAACCAUGAAGUUCAUGAUUGUUCUCGCCUGCCUUUUGGCCGUGGCUUUUGCCAACGAGGAGGCCGAUGUCCUGAAGAGCGAUUCCGAGGUGAACGUGCUGGACUUUAACUACGCUUACGAGCUGUCCAACCACAUCAGGGCUGUUCAGUCCGGAGCUCUCAAGGAGCACGACAACUGGGUGGUUUCUGGAGAGUACGAAUACCUGGCUCCCAACGGCAAGACCAUUAAGGUGGUCUACCACGCUGAUGAGACCGGCUACCACCCAAAGGUUGUUGAGGCCUAAACCUAUAA